CCGUGCUCGAGACAGACAGCGAAACUCCGUGCCCGCCAUUCUAGGAGAGGGUUCCAUGAGACGAGCCUCCGUAUUCGAUAGACAUCUUUUAUAAGUAUCGAGAGCAUCGGUUUCCUCUCAUCGAGCUGCCCGCCCCGAAACCUCUCUCAUCCCCUCCUGACCAGAGACUGUUGUUAUACACCCCAACCCCCAUCAUCCGGGAGCUGCCGACGGUCUAACGCGAUGCCUCAGUUCAUCUACGUCGAGCUCCCCAGCUUCCGGGCCAAGGGCGACAACGGGCAGGCUCUGCGCCUUACCUACGCGCAGCUGGGGCUCGUGGGCGCCCUGUACCAAUUCGCGCGCCGCGGCCUGCGCGCGAACGACCGGGUCGACUUGUCGGCCUCGCUUCUCUUUGCGGACGGCGAGGCCGACAUCUGGACCGCGGCGGCCGGCGCUGUCGAGGGCGUCCAGCACCCGCACGCCGAGGAGAACAUGCUGCUCUCGUACUUCCAGACCUUUGACUCGCCGGGCGCGUACCCCAUCGUCGACGCGAUCCUGCUCCGCCGCGGCGAGCCGUGCAGCGACUGCGCCGGAUUCUUCACGCUGGGGGGGAAGCAGCUGCAGCCGCACGACGGCACCCCGGCGUUCCGCGCCAAGUUCACCGCCCGGUCUGAUCGUUCUUACACCCCCGUCUUCUACCUGUCGCGGGGGCUCGACGCCGCGCAGCGGACCGCCCUGUGGACCCAACUGGCGCGUAUGAGAGCCGACGAGCCCGGAAUCAUCGUGGCGUCCCGUCCCGAUGCCCCAGUCGGCCAAGCGUACUAUCUCAUCCCGGACUCGCCUUGGUACGCGAUCAACGGCCAGGAGCGGAUGACGGACGCGCAGAUCGCGGAGGCCAUCGCGGGCCAGGGCCUGCUUCCGACUUACUGGAUCGGGAGGUGAUCAAAGUCUCGACGGACGCAUUCGGCAAACGGGAUGGAGCGGGGAAAUGCGCGGCAUAGGCCCACUCGCAAAAGCCUUGCCCGUAUAAUCACCACCACACCGAUCAGUUGCGACCUCAAAAGAUAUUAAGAGCUCUGUUUUUUUCACCAGCGGAAUGUAGCUAGGCGUCGGAUCGUUAUAGCGGUUCAAAUGCCGCAGGCAAUUUUCGAGAUGGGCAGGUUCCCAUCCGAGCACAACGGGGGAAAACAGGAGACAAAAGUGAUCUUUCUAAAAAUUGGCGACGAUAAAAUUUCUAGCGGGGGGUUUUGGGGGGGUUUUAUUUCGGUAUUCUCCUUUCGAUAUCCGUUGUAAUAAUAUUUCUUUCGUCUGUAUCACCACAAUCGGCUCCCUAGGCCACCGAUAGCACGAGAGUGAAGCAGGACGU